CUCUGCAUUAAAAAUGAAUGUAUGUACAACAAUUAUUGGAAAGCGCCAACGAGGUUGCGGAAGGUUACAAGAGUAUCGCGAAAAAGCACGUAGAAGUAGAUUACGAUGUGAAUCCGCUGAUUAGUACUAGACGUUAUCACGGUGGAAAAGAUUAUUCCCUAGAUUUAACACGCAACAAUACACAACUACUAAUAAAUAAAAUUUGAGUAUUGCUGACAGAGGGUGUUUAUAAGCCAAUUAUUGCCAAGUUGCCACUUUCUAAGUACUUAUUACCUAGGACCAAGUCAAUGACAAAUAGACAAAGCUGUCUAAGCUUUUUUGGUAUGAACAACUUCAGAAAUGGAUACUGUAAUAUGGAUACAAGAGGGCUGCAGCUGAAAAGGACAAAGAUUGGGUGUCAGAGGUGCUACAGAAUGAUUCAUAUGAUGAUCAAUUUGCCCACAAAGUAAUGGUAGCAAAGAUUGAUGAACAUUGCAAAGACAAAGAUUAUCAAAGUACUGAAAGCAGGAUGGUUGAAUCCUGUUGCUUCAUCUGCAAAUGAAUUACAGACAGUUGUAACAGCAGCGAAAUCAUCCAAAAUAAACUACCAAAAGAGCAGGAAGCAAUCAACGUGCGCACGUGGAAGCAGAAAACCGAAGUUGCCGCCGAUAUCCGGCGACCCCGAGAAGCAAGAAAGUCUUAACCUGAUUGAUUCGGAUUUAACAAGAAGCCGAAAAUACAUAUUGAAAAAGUUGUACCCAUACAAUAAGGAGCAAAUUUAGCGGUCGGCGGAAAAUCACAUUACAGAACCCGGCAACAAGGGCCGUAAGCAUCGCUAAAGACCACCAUGUGUUUGAACGCUGCAUUGUAUAUACAAAAAUUUAAGUCAAGUAACCAAUUCACCAAUCCCCGCGUGAUGAUGGUCACCUUGGUGGAGUACUGUGGAUAGCCGUGCUCCAGACGGUCAGCAUAGCUUGCUGAUCCACUUGGUGGCAAUCUCUCGGUCUGUCAAAUCGUUCAGUUGAACGUUGCAACAACAUUGUCCUUGCCAGUUUAGAGGUGUUCUAGACUUUCCCAACGGAUUGUUUCGUUUAGUUAGUUCGAUUUUUUGGAUAGCGCGAUUUACGUCUAUGUAAUUGGUUAUAAAUAAGUUAGAGUGUGAUAUAUCGAUAAAAAUAACCUAUGUUAACUUCAAUAUAGAAAUGUUUAAUUAAAAUACCAUGCAAGAGACCUGAAAAUAUUUUUAUGAUUGAAAUGUCAUGCAUGUUUUGCCGUGUUUUCGUGGCAAUUGCCCAAUGAGAGUGCGGGCUACCUGAAGUUGUUAAUUGGAUUCAUUGCCGUAGACUUUGAUGGCACUUGUUAGUGCCAUGGCUUGCUAUAUUCGAAACAUAUUCAAAAUCGAUCAAACAGUGCCAACGUCACCGAAAAUUGUUUCUUUGAUUUUCAGAAUGUCAAUGUUUGGUUCUACAGUUGACUGUACGUCUCUUUAGUGCAUGUGUUCAUACAAAAUUCAAUAUUUUCAAGUAUACUCGAAAUUGUGAAUAUGCCUGGCACUGGUUUGCGCAGCUAUGGACCCACGGCAACGCUCGAGAAGCAGGAUACAUUUGUACAACUUUGUACGCUGCCGGCACCAUGCACCCCUAUGUGGUCGCCGGAUUGGCAACAGGGGAGGACACCUUUUGAGCGUCUCCAUGUACAUCACGUCGUUACGCUCGCUUCAAGCCGUUGGUCGGACUGAGUCCGACGGACGCAUUGGACAUUACGCUAGAAACGGACCAUCAUCAGAGAGCCGCUGCGCUCCGAUUGACCUGGUCCUGCAGGCGUCACCUUCGUGCUAAUAGACUGGUCGAGUAUGAGGAAGCCGCGCACAAUCGCUACGGUCCGUACAUCUCUGCUGGUCACCAAAGCACAAUGGUGGCAAUAUCCGACUGACCAGUAUGGCCGCUACAAUGGUCACUGUACAGCACGACAUCACUGGGCUCAAGGAGCAUCGCAACCGGAACUGCGUCAAGUUCAUGCAUUCGCCGCAACACUCGCCGCAAACCUCCGCCGGGCAUUCGCGACAGGACAGGAACGGCAGCACUUACCAGUAUUGAAUACGAUAUUAGGAAAAUGUUGUUAGUACAGGCUCGCUAAUGAUCACUCUAUUGCCGCCAUUUGCAAUCGGUCAAUUAUAAUUUAUCGGACUACGAUUCCGAAUUUACGUCCAAGUGCUUGCGUUGUUCUUGUAUGAAUAAAUAAGCAGACGCGUGCGGCUUCUGCGCGCUGCGUUUAAUUUCAAUUUGAAAUUUUAAUGUCUUAUUAAUUUUGUGUUAAUUAAAUUAGAUAAAUUACGUCGGCCCAAAUUUGCCAGGCGAUGAAGAGAAGUGCACCGCACCGAUAGCAGGAAAAGAAUUCGCUGAGCGCGGUACUUAAAUCAGGGUUUAAUUAAAAUAAACGGACGAAUCAGAGUGUGAAUCAUUAGCGGUCUUGGUUUGAACGCGAUCUGCUGUGGCCGUAUUGGUGUCUAGGGAAUUAAACGAAUUUACAUAGGUUUUCACGCAUUUUUGCAUGUUUAAACAUUUCUGCCCGUCCAUGGAUUCAAGUAUUGCCACUUUGUUUGAAAUUUUGCUUAUUGCUAUGACGAUUCCGAGCAUAUGACAAAUCAGGAUUGUUCACUUUUUAAAUUUUGAAUUUAAUCAUUUGAAUCGCAUAGGCCAUGACCAAACAAAUGAUAUUUGUUACAAUAUUAAUAUAAAAAAUAUAUAUUCAACCGCGUUCAGAUCACACCGAGACACGCUCGUCGUUUUGAAAAAGUGUUUUAUUAAAAAAAAGUUUUAUUAUGGAUACUACGCCUCAGCGUCCGCAUUCUGAAACCAGGAUAGACCCGCGAAGGCUAUUCACCUCUAGGCAAGACUCAUUGGAAUCGGUCCGAUUUCAAUCUUCGACAUCACAGCAAACACCACACAUGAUGCAAACACCCACAUUACAACAGACACAACCAUCCGUGACUGAAACCCUUACACCAGAGCAAACUGCUUCAUCUAUGGUAGUACAAUCUCAUGCACCACAACAAAGACAAAUAUCAUCUUCAAUGAUGGGCCAAUCUAACACCUCUCAACAAAGAUCACUAUCAAGGAUGGAUCAAAUUCGCAAAUCGCAUCAAACACCAGCUGUAAUCACGGGCCUAAUGCGUACCGCGCAGCAAACACGAUCCCCAAUGGUAGGUCAAGCUUGUACAUCGCAGGAGACCUCAUCUUCAAUGAUGGUUCAAAUGCGUACUGCGGAGCAAACACCAUCUGCAAUGAUCAGUCAAUCUAUCUUGCCACAACAAAGACCAUCUUUAGUAAUGGGUCAAUCUCGUACACCGCAACAAAGACAAACAUCAUCUUCGAUUUCGGGUCAAAUUCGCACAUUGCAGCAAACUACAUCUUCAGGAACAUCAAUAAUGUCAAUAAUGGGUCAAGCUCGACCAACACAACAAACACCAUCUUUAGUAAUGGGACAAUCUCGUCCAAUACAACAAGGACAACCAUCAACGAUGGGCCAAAACCGAUUAGCACAGCAAACACAAUCUUCAAUGACAGGUCAAUCCCGUACACUUCAGCAAAUGCCACGAGCAAUGAUAGGUCAAACCCGCAACCAACAACAACCAUCAAUGAUGAUGGGUCAAGCUCGACCAACGCAGCAAAGACCAUCUUCAAUGAUGGGUCCAAACCAUACAAGACAACAAACAUCGGUUAUAGCACCAUCUCGUCCAACACAACAAGAACAUUCAUCAAUGAUAUGCCAAAUCCGCCCACAACAAACCCCAUCUUUAGUUAUAGGAUCAUCACGACCAACACAACAAGAACACCCAUCAAUGGGUCACACUCAUAAACUACGGCAAACACCAUCAUCAACGAUGCUUCAAUCUGGCGCACCGCUACAAAGACAAUCAUCAAUGAUUAGUCAGACUCGUACACUACACCAAACACAGUCUACAACGAUGAUUCAAUCUCGUACACACCAACAACAACAAAGACCACCGUCAAGGAUGGGUCAACUCCGCACCUCGCAACAAACUCCAUCUGCAAUGAUGGGUCAAACGCGUACUCCACAACAAGCGCAAUCUUCAAUAAUGGUUCAGUCUGAUACACCACAACAAACACAAUCUGUAAGGGUUGUUCAAUAUCGUUCAUCUCAGCAAACACAAUCCGCAAUGAUGGGUCAAACCCGCAACGCACAACAAGCACCAUCUUUGGUUAUGGGACAAUCUCGUCCAACACAACAAGGACAACUAUCAAUGAUGAGCCAAACCCGAACACUGCAGCAAACACAAUCCUCCAUGAUGGUCCAAUCUCAUACAUCACAGCAAAGACCCCAAUCAAUUAUGGGCCAACAGCAAAUCCCAUCUUCAAUGAUGGGCCAAGCCCGUAGACCACCACAAUCGUCAAUGAUGGUCCAAUCCCGUGCACCACAAACAAGGAUGGUAGCACGUCCACCCAGACCACUAAUAGACUACCGCUCCAUACCAAUAGUAACUCAAUGUAUCUCAACCCGCUGGGACACAGAUAAUCUUGUACCUUACUAUAAAUACACUACACCUAAUACGAUGAAUCCAUCAACGACAACCUCACCAGCAAACCCACCUCGACCAGUACCUUCUGCCAAGCCCUGCAAUUCUGACCUACCUCAAGCUACAAAUCGUACUGUGUUAGAGGUAAUUCGCCAUCGCAUGAACGCUUCGAAUUCGAACACACAGAUCGGAACGGCUACUGAUGGUACAGGACCAACUCCCAACAUGGAAGAAGAAGACGGUUGGACCUCUGGGCACUCCUUCACUAACGAUAUGCAUCCAGUGAAGCUCCCCAAAGAAACUCGCAAUGCAAUGAUGCGAGCUCCUCUACCUCCAAACUUGGGGAGACCGGUCAUAAGUCAGCAAACACCAGAACCAAGAAGAAUCGCGCCACAACCUGUCAGAGAAAUAAACCCAAUUAAUGUUGUUAAUGAGCAGAUACAGAAGAAAGAGACUGAGUACAAAGUGCCAUGUCCAAUCAAUAUUCUGUGCGACAAGGGAAUACAUGUUGGAGAGUGCGACGAGGCAAUAAAGGAUAAAGUUCUUGCUUCUUUAGAUCGGAUGGCCACUUGCACCUCGGAUUAUACCGAACUGGAUUUCAGAGUACCAUCAGACCAAUGCGACAAUGGGGCAAUGGGGGCUUUCUUAUACAACUAUGAAGGGCCAAGUUUCUCCUCGUCGUUGAAUGACUCGUUCGAGUUUGCAUUGCCAUGUAGCUCGUCACCCAGCCAGAUGGCCCUAGAUUGUCUCAUCGAAAAUGGUCUACUUCAACCGGAGUGGAACCUUUCAGAAAAUCCACCAAUUAUUCCGAUUUCAUUAGACACUGUGCCUAUAAUGUUUGAAAACUCAAUUGAUUCACUCCCAGUUGAUUACAUAUGUAACACCGAAGAAGAGCCAACUACUAAUGCUGACAAUACAACAGAAUCUCCCUCAGAUAGACCCGAGCACGAUGAGACUUGGCCAUUCAACUUAUCAUCUACAACGGAAUCAGUGCUGCGUGAUCUAUUCACGUUUGAGGCUUUAACGGAGGACGGAAUCGUACCUUCGAAUAUUUUUACAGGUGAUGCUUCUAUUGCAACCGCCAAUACUCCUCCUGUUGAAGAGCCAACAGAAUCAUUUUGUGUUAAUGGCAUGAUUGCGGAACCGGCUGGGUCCCCCGAAUUUAAUGACUUAUUGUCUUUCGUCACACCCUUUAACACGGAAACUGUGCAGUUCUCCGACGAAGAAAUGUUUCAGCUUGACUAUGUGAUGGAUUUUGAUGAAACAUUACUCUCUGAGGUAAUGUUGGACUUGGAUGAUCUGUCGGACACCGUUCUGGAUCUAGACGUUAUGUCAACUCCGGAGUUCUUGGAAGUUUAUAAUGAUUUGAUGGACGGACUGCCACCGACAAUGAGGGAGCCUUUACAGCCGUCGACAUCUGGAGAGCCCCCAUUGUCAUCCGACAAGUGUGAGUAGAAAGUCUACCUUUUGUGUCGGCUCAAAUUGCCACGCCAACUCUUUUGCCACUCUGAAACCAUGUUGCUUCUUCAAGUUGGAAAACAUUUCACGUUCAUUGCUUGCUAUUUACAUUAUUUGUCAACGUUUGAAAGCGCUCACAAGUGACCGAAUCAAAAGCAGAUACGCAGAGGCAUACAUAUGGGUUAUUGUAGCGUUAUGAAAUACGAUUUUGUUUCACGAAUCGCGUAUACGUCUUGAGUCUUCUAUCUGUCUUCUUGGUUGUUGUUGCUUCACGUUUCUUCGUGGUAGCGGAGUGUGCAAGCCAUGCUCUGGUUUGCAAAACAAUCAUUCGAUACACGCAAGUAAACAUAGCCGUGGCUUGUCGCCGGCGUGAGUAGCCGAUAGAUAACACGCGGCCAGUCAGACGGUUAAUUUAAAAGUUUAAACAAGUUUUAUUAACUUACACUCGGAAGCAAGCUAGCGUGGAGCGAUCGUUGUACUUUGGUACUUCAGGCACGACGGCCAUUUUUCGAACACGUUCGCAAUUUUUGAUUGUGGCUUAUCUCAUUAACAAUUAUUAUGUUUUGUUGAAGUGGUUCCUAAUUGAUCGAUUAUGUUUGGCAAAAAUGAUUUUUCUUUGAAUUACAAUCUAAUAAAAAUGUUGCGAUAAACAUUUCGAAGUUCUAAACAUUGUUCAUGCGUUUAAAACAAUGCGAUACUUAUUUCAUUGUUCAAAUUUGUUACAAUUACUAAAAUGCCGACAAAUAUCCGCGAAUUCGUUAAAUAACAUUCUACUAGGAUUAAUUAUAAUUAGACUUUAAAUGUUAUAGGAAAUAUUUCAGAGUGGCAAUCGUAUUUACAAGUCUGUAGUUAUUGUUCUAAAAAAUAUUUUAUUUUUGGUUUAGCAUAUCGCCUAUAUAAAAAUAACGACUUUAAAUCUUGUGCCUGCGACAAGGUUUUUUUUUAAUAUUAUUGAUUCUUGCUUAACCAUAGUAAUUAAUGACUGCUUAACAAUCACUGAUAAAUUGUACCAUUCUACAUAUUCUGCUUACUCUGUAAGCAUGUUGUUCAUUGUGAGUAACGCGUGCCAUUGCUGACUAGUCAUAUGCUGUUAAAUAGCGCAAUUAUUAGUACCUAAUUACAUUUUCAAGGCACCUAAUUGAUCGUGAUAAUUGUACGGAAUUACCUACUAUUAUUGUUAAUUGAAUUUGUUGAAAAUGUAUCACUUCUGUUCUGUUCAAUAAAUGUUUUGUUUGUUAUGUGUUGUCAUGUUGCAAAGAUGGUUUACGCACAUUGUUUCAUCCUUUAUAUAUAUAUUGCUAUGGUUUUGGUGGUGUGGUCCCGUUUUAAAAAAAUCGACAUUAUUAUAUGUAUUUUACUCUUAACUUUCUCUUCUUGUAACUGUUGAAAAAAGUGCAAUAAAGAUUGAUUUACUUGUAUAA